AUGGAGAUACUUGGUGCGGGUUCCGCUGUUGUAACCAUCGCGGUAGAGUUCGCUCAUAUUUCCAGAAGGCUUCGUCGCUGCAUCAGGUCCCUUACGUACGCCAGGCGCGAUAUCAAGGUUAUCCACGACGAAGUCGAAGCAUUUAGCACCCUUCUCGGCCUGUUUCACAGUACCGUGACGGACGACCGUUUGGCCGACGAAGGCCUGUCCACAAAAAUCAAAACGUCCAAAAUGACGCAACAUAUCGUCAUUUCAGGGAGGGCAGCCUUGGAUAAGAUUAAACAAAUUUUGCUUGAAGUCGAUCCACUGAGAACCGACAAGGGCUAUCCAGCUCACAAGCGAUGGAUCGCUCGCUGGAAAUGGUCCGGCCGGAAGGAGGAAUGGAUCCCUGUUCAAAUUGAACUCAACUCUAUCAAGCUGAGCGCCGAUCUGCUCAUAUCGAUUGUAUUUUGCCAGCAUCUUGUUCACAAGCUCGACCAGCUGCGUGCCGAGCAGAAAAAUAUCCCGAACGAGCUGCUUCAGCAACUGUCAGUCGCCCAACCUCACUGA